AUGGACGGAGGGCGGCGGGAUAGAGCCAAGAGCGGGGAGAAGAGGGGGCCGGAGCCGGAUCCGGAGCCGGCGGUGAAGAGGAGUUUCCUGCCUGCCAUGGGGAGCCAAGGAACCACCAUUCUCCACAAGACGGUCAGCUAUGCCCCCCACGCCCUGCCAGCAAGGCAGUUUGAUCAGAACACCACGGAGCCGAUCAGCUUCUACCUGUCCAGCCUGGAGGAGCUGCUGGCAUGGAAACCCACCAGUGACGAUGACUUCAACGUUGCCACGAUGCCACUGGCUAACCGGGAGCCUCCGCUCCACAGCAAGAGACCCCGCACGCUGGUGUGCCACGAUAUGAAUUAUGGAUACCUGGAGGACAGGUUCAUCCAGGGCUCGGCUUCACGGGACCCCUACGUGUUCUACCACUGGCAGUACAUCGACAUCUUUGUCUACUUCAGCCACCACCCCGUGACCAUCCCCCCCGUCACCUGGACCAACGCCGCCCACAGGAACGGCGUCUCUGUGCUGGGGACGUUCAUCACGGAGCAGACGAGCGGGGGCCAGCUGUGUGAGGCCUUCCUCGCCGGGGAGGCAGCCGCGUACCACGCCGUGGCUGUGCAGCUGGGCCGCAUUGCCCAUUUCUACCGCUUUGACGGCUGGCUGGUCAACAUCGAGAACACCCUGAGCGAGGCAGCCGCACGGAACCUGCCCCUUUUCCUGCGGGACCUGCGGGAGCAGCUGCGUCGGGACGUGCCCGGCGGGCUGGUGCUCUGGUACGACAGCGUCUUGCCGAGCGGGGAGCUGCAGUGGCAGAACGAGCUGAAUGAGAAGAACAGGGUGUUUUUUGACGCCUGCGAUGGCUUGUUCACGAACUACAACUGGAAGGAGGAGCACCUGGAGCGCAUGGGGGCGCAGGCCGGGGAGCGCCUGGCUGACGUCUACGUGGGCAUCGACGUCUUUGCUCGCGGGGAGGUCGUAGGCGGCGGCUUUGAGACAGACAAGGCUCUGCGCCUGAUUCGCAAGCACGGCUUUUCCGCUGCCAUCUUCGCCCCUGGCUGGGUCUAUGAGCACCUGGGGAAGGAGAACUUCCUGCAGAACGAGAACAGGUUCUGGGGUUUGCUGGCGGAGCUGCUGCCCACUCACAGCAUCAGCACUCUGCCCUUCAGCACCUGCUUCUGCCUGGGCAUGGGCACAGGGAGAUUCUCGGCUGGGCAGGAGGAAGAAGUCAGGCCCUGGUACAACCUGAGUGCCCAGGAGAUCCAGCCCCUCUUCACAGAGCAGCAAGCGCCGGGAGGGGCAGGGAGCUGGCUGUGCACGCGCUGCUCCCUGCAGGACGCCUGGAACGGGGGCAGCUGCCUGCUGAUCGAGGGGAUCAUCCCGCCUGAGGCGGGCCACGUGGCUGUCCGCCUUUUCUCUUUCCAGCUGCCAGCUCCCCCCAAGCUCUUCCUGUCCCUGCUGUACAAACUGGAGGAGAAGCUGCCCGAGGUGGCGGUCGCGCUGGAACUCACCACAUGGGACUCUGGCUCCUGCCGUGUUGGCAACAAAGCUGCCCUGCCGGGGCCGGCCACCCGACAUCAGCCCCAGCCCCUCCCCAGCCCGCCCCCCCAGCUCUCCGGGCUGCUCAGCGGCUGUGGACGGCAGAGCGCGGCAGGUUGGAUGAGGCGGUGCUACGAACUGGAGCUGCGGGACUGCGCCCUGCAUGAGCUGUCGCUGAUCCUGUCACGCCACCAGCCAGGCCAGCAAGAACGGCGCUUCUCCUGCCGCCUUGGGGAGAUCCGGGUGCUGGAUGCUGACGGCCUGCGCUCCUCGCCGCCCCAAGGGCCCAGCCUCCAGGCCUCCCAGCUGCUGUGGCACAAGGGCCCUGGCCCGGACCAGCUCUCCCUCAGCCUCACCUUGCGCUGGUCCUACCCCCACAGCCAAGCCCGCUGCUUCCGGAUCCACUGCCAGGGCCGGGCAGGCCCUCGGGGCCGGGAGCUGCCCCAGCUCCUCGGGGUGGCACACGCCACCCUCUACCGGGUGGUGGGCUUGGCAGUGCCAGAGGCGCCCCCCACGGAGUCCUGCCGCGUGGAGUUCUUCGUGGAGCCGGUUCUGGACGAAGGGGUUGCCGUGGAUCGGUCCAGGUGGGGGCGGCUGGUUCUGGUCUAUUCCGACCCAGCCAGCACCAGCACCUAUUAAAUGUCGCCUUUGGCACAG